UUCCUGAAGUCCCGCCGAGGAGCGAGGCAAUAUUUUUAGCUGAUGCUACUCAGCUAGCUACGUCGUAACAAAUGCAAAUGAACAAGCUAGGUGUUUUUUCGGCGUUUUCCCGUAUUUUGUUAAAUACCUAGUUUGUAGUUGACAUGGCAACGUCUCUUUGUCGCGGCGGUGCGAGUUAAAGGGCGUGCGGUUGGUUUGCACUGUUUGUUUUCAUCUAAGCAGUUUUGCUAGUUCGGUAUGAUUUUACCCUCAUUAACAUGGAGACAAAACGAGGGGAGAUUCCCAACGGCGUAUUGGACGACCUCUGCAGUCGCUUCAUCCUCCACAUCCCCAGUGAAGAGAGGGACAACGCCAUCCGAGUUUGCUUCCAGAUCGAACUUGCCCAUUGGUUUUACCUGGACUUCUACGUGCAGAAUACACCAGGACUACCUCAGUGUGGGAUAAGGGACUUUGCCAAAGCUGUUUUUAAUCACUGUCCGUUCCUGCUUCCCCAAGGCGAGGAUGUUCAGAAGGUUUUAGAUCAAUGGAAAGAGUACAAAAUGGGCGUUCCUACAUAUGGUGCAAUUAUUCUGGAUGAAACCCUUGACAAUGUAUUACUGGUGCAGGGAUACCUGGCCAAAUCAGGAUGGGGCUUUCCUAAAGGGAAAGUCAACGAGGAUGAGGCGCCCCAUGAUUGUGCUGUACGAGAGGUUUUAGAGGAGACUGGUUUUGACAUAAGAGACCGCAUCUGCAAAGACACCUUCAUUGAGCAGAAAAUCACAGAUCAACUUGCACGACUGUACAUAAUCCCUGGCGUACCAAAGGAAACAAAAUUUAACCCCAAAACCAGGAAAGAAAUAAGGAACAUUGAAUGGUUUUCUAUUGACAAACUGCCAUGUCAUAGAAAUGACAUGACCCCCAAAUCCAAGCUUGGCCUGGCUCCUAACAAGUUUUUUAUGGCAAUACCAUUUAUGAGGCAGCUCAGAGAAUGGAUAGCCAAGAAUAAACUGGAAUCAACGAGCAGUGAUGAGGACUUUUUAUCCAAUGGCAGCACUCCAUGCAAACCUUUUCGAUCGAAGCCCAGGCGCUCACAGAUUGCAACGGAGGCAUCUCCAGGUGAAGGCUGGACAAAGCACAAGCAGCAGAAAGCUUUUGGUCAGCCUGGUCAAUAUGAGCUUGCAGACUUUCUCAGAGUCAAGAACCAUAAUGUGAAAUGCAAUGGAAGGAAGCACCAGGAUUCCCCUAAUGUAAAGAAAAGAAUGAAUGAGAGAGAAGAAAAGAAGCUUCAGCCCAGGAGACUGCAAGACAACUUUGAUGCAGAUGCAGCGAGUGACGCGCGUGGCUUGAACGGGCAGUCCGAGUACGAGCAGAUUCACUCCUCGAAGUCCUUCCUUAACUUCAAGUUCGAUCGCGAGGCAAUCAUGAAGUCAUGCUUUGACUCCUGACUACCUCUGUCUCGGUUCCUCCGUUUUAAAGGCACACGUUGUUGCAGUUUGAGCCGUUCUAGUAAACUCACACGUUCGUAAUAUGUGUAUGUUCUUUGAAAAAAGGGCAGUCAUAUAAAGGUUGUCGGACCAAUAUGACUAACAAUUAGUGGUCUCUCUUUUUCAUCCACAAUACAGGUUUGUGUGUGCAUGACUCAUAAAUGCUGAGAAUCGGGUCAUUUUAGAUUGGCAAUGGUAUUAUUCAGAUAUGUGCAAUCAUCGUUUUAUUUCCCCUUCUUUUGGGGUUUUGGUAACGACAGAAGUCACACAGAGGAUUGCAACUGUUGAGCUGUUAAGCUUUUAGCACUGAAACAGAAAAAGCUUCUCAAUAAAAAACAAUGCUUUUUGUUUUCAAGGAUCUCUGUUAGUGAGUUCAGAACUAUUUCUGAUUAGUUCUUUCAUGCUCUUUGUUUUUUUGUUUUGUUUGUUGUUUUUUUUUUUUUUUCUUCAAUUUUAAACCAUGAUGCACUGCCGGAUCCUUAUGAUUUGAACACCAUGCUUAUUUCAGAACCAUAUCUUUACUGCAUUCACUAGUCUAGUGCAAAGUUAAAGUGACAGUUGAAUAAUAAUAAUGAUAAUAUUCAGAGCUCUAAAGCAGCAAAGUCAUUUAAGAUUGGGCAUCAUUUAUCAUGGAAACAAAGUCAGUCCCAUUUUGCUUUUCUCUAUGCUGAGCCGCAGAACUUGCGAUUCGAAACAUGCUAAAGCUGGAGUUAUAUUGCGCUCCGUUCAAGAGCUUUGUGAUCUAGUUUUACAUGAUCAGACUAAAUAAUCACUGUUGUGUCUGCAAAAAUACCACCUUUUUGCCAUUGAAUGUGAAUCUUUUAAGUAAAAAUUACAUUAUUAUUUUUUUUUUUUUAAACACAACUGUAUUUUCCUUUCCAUCGGGCUUUAAAAUGCUGCUAGCGUUUUACAUGCACAUUUUCUGGCGUUUUUCAUUCUUUCAAUGUCCUUUGUAAAGUGGCACUGAUUGUUUCAAAAAUAAAUGCAGUACAUGUGGAAA